AUAGUAAUGUGUUUUGUUUUGUUUUGUUUUUUCUUCAGAGGAGAAUGUGUCACCUGGAGUUGUUCACAGACCGGCGCCAUGUUGUGGAGGAGCCCAGUUUGGCCGUGAUGUGUUCGUCCACUCAGACAUUUUACCACUCCCCGCUCCCAGAGAAACUCUGGGUGGACAAAGUACAUUCGCUGAGAAAUAUCAGGUCGUGUGUCGUGACCCUCUACCCUCAAAGUUUUCCUCACCAGCAAAAACAUCAGGUUUAGAUGACCGCGAUCGUCAUGCUGUUGAAAAAUCCAGCAGACCGAGCAGCCUGCAAGAGGGCCAGGGGGAGACAACCACUUGUCAGAGCAGGGAAGUAUCAAGAGUUACGUUCCCUUUACUCGACCACAAAACCUCUUCGAAGUUGUUGGAAGGCUGCAGAUAUGUCUCUAACGACUCCGCCCUACUUUCCUCAAAGGGAGAAAUUUCUCAGGCUGCUUCUCACUAUCCUGUCUAUGCAAAAUGUUCACGAAUAUACUCCCCUCAAAUGCAGCCAUCAGACCCUGCCUGUUCCAUACUGGAAAGACGCAAUUCUCCACAUAAUUCACAAGGGUGUGAGGAGUCUCAUCGGUUGUAUGGACAGUUAUCAGAAACAAACAAGUCAUGCUUCACUCAUCCCAGCAGUGUACCCGGCGUCUACUCAUCAACCACGGCGCCAAUCAUUGCUUGUGUUCAGAGCUCUAGUCUAGACUUCCUGCAACGGCAUCAUAACAGCAGAAUUUCCGUAAAGGAAGAAAUCCCUGUCUCGGAAUCUCCUGUACCUCAAAGGUGUCCACCCCCCAGUCUUUCUUCAUCUAACACAUGGAAGACACCAGACACAAAUAUCACCUCACCCUCUAGCAGCGCUCCUCAUCCACCCGGACCUCACAAACCUGCUAGGGCUAAGAUGUCGUUUUCAAUCUCUAGCCUCAUAGGCAAUGAAGAAAAGGAUACAGAAGCUGUUGAUACAUCCGAAAAUUUCGUGAACCAAAUUAACAAAUGCCAAGACAAUCACAAAUGUGAAGUCAAACAAUUUUUACCCCGCCAAAGUGAUAUGGACCAAUAUUCAAAUUCAAAGACACCUGAGCCAAAGGUAAAAAGUUCAGAAAACCUAUCGGUGAGCACUUCCUUUUCCAAUAGAAUCCUCAAAGCAUGUUCACAAGUUGAUCACCUAUCGUCUUUACCUCAGCCUCGUGAAAGUUCUUAUUCAGAAGAUUCCCUCUCCACACAAAAUUCCAUACGUGGGGAUUCACAUCAAGCUGAAAGUAAAAGUUCCAAAUGUGCAUCUUUAGAAAUAAACUCGUCCUAUCAUAGAUAUAAAGUCGAAACUUCAUCUUCGGUUAGCCGUGUACAGGAAAGCCAAAACACAGCGCCAGUGGUCCGUUCUCCCAGCGAUGAAACGAACGACAGCUCAAACUACACAUCAGACACUCCUCCUCAACCCUCCGCUUUUUCAGAAAUCUCACCCCGUCCCGAGUGUCACCAAAACUUGAGCACAAACAUCGCUCCUCCCCCGGACGUCCAAAAAGACCCCUCUGCCCUACCCUCCAUCCCUGGCACCCAGGAGAAUCAUUUCCCAUCGUACAGGCCAUACUUCCAGGAGAUGAACGGCUCAUUGUCAAAACCACUGGUCAGUCCGGCGGUCAAGGAUUAUGACCUGCGUCUUCCAGUUCCCCCCUCGCCGCUCAGCGUCACGGACCACCCGAUGACUCACCGCUAUGUCCUCCCAGGACAUUUAUGGCAACGACUUCCCGUACGGGCCUCUCUCUAUCAGCCAUUUCCGAUGCGAUUCGAGGCCCGAGACCCCCAGUUCAACGUUCAUAACCCACUCCUCACGCCGCUUCACGCCAGCACGGAGACACCUCAGAAGAUAUUCCUAUCCUCCAACAUCCGUCCCCACUACCAGAGCCCGGCCUAUGUAGGUCACGGCCCUGACACACUUCCGGCAGUGGUAGGCGUGAGUACAGGUCAGCACACUGUGAGUCAGAGCGAGGACACCUCACCUCGCAGUGACACCACGAAUGGGAGCCUCCCCUCCUCUUCCUCUUCAUCCGCCUCCUCCGGUCUACUCUCUCCCACCUCCCCAGCACCCUCUUCCGCUCACUCGGACAUUCUGAGCCCUGUCAAGGCCGGUCACGCUGACGUCACGGCUCUGUCCAGUCACGUGAUCAGUCAGCCAGGACACGCCCCAGGUCACCCUGACCAGUGUCCGUCCCUUUCCCGAACAAGCCUGGACGGUCUCCGCUGGAACGUCGGACGACCCGGCAAGGACGAGUCUCAGGAGGGGAAAAGUUUCAAGACGUUUCUAGAGAACGCGAACGUAAGAAUUGAGUUCAUCAACAGCGGCAACGGCAUCAAGAACCCACUGCUCAGCACAGAAUUCACGGACAACAAACUAGGUCUGGUAAGCGGCAACCGUUCUCUCCCCUGCCCUGUGUGUCAGCUGACCUUUGACUCCCCCAAACAUCUACAGCGUCACUUCAAGAGUCACAAGGAAAUCAAACGGUUCCUGUGUACCUUCUGUGGCAAGGGAUUCAACGACACCUUUGACCUCAAGAGGCAUACGCGCACACACACAGGCGUACGACCCUACAGAUGCAGCCACUGCGACAAGGCCUUCACCCAGCGCUGUUCCCUCGAGUCACACUGCCGGAAGAUCCACGGACUGGCGGAGGAACUGGCUUUCAACGAGAGGAGGGUCAAGCUCUACGUCUGCGAGGACUGUGGACAUUCCACCGACCUGGCAGACGAGCACUACGCGCAUGUGCGACACGCCCACUCCCAGCGCCACGCCCCGCUCAAGAGAAAUGUCAACAUUGAAGUGGCGUCGACGUAACUUCCGCUGUGACGUGUCCUUAUUAUCCUUACUGCAACCAUGGGGAGGGGGGGGCAGGUGUGCUGAUAGCUCUUUUGGGAUAUCAUAGUGCUAUGCAAGGGUGCUGGCUGCCUCGACUUAAACCUCCAAUUGAUUAAUUUAGUUUUUGUAAGUGUUACGGCCCUUUAACACAAAUGUGUCAUAUUAUAAGUGUCUUCGGCUGUGCUGGGAGAAAGUGGUCUUUGUACUUUGAUUGUCAUGCAAGUUCCAAUCUCUUCCGUCCCUUUUCAAUAAGUCCUCAGCCUAUCAGAGACGAACGUUACAUCAGAGGUCCCAACUCUUGAAUAACAGAACUGUGACCGCGUUGAAAGGGAUGGAAAUCUGCUACCUCACCUGGUAUACCGGCUGCUGUGAAAGUCCGUCAUACGUCACUUUUCAAAAUGGCGUACAACAGAGUUUUACACGAAGCGGUCGACAUGCUUUCUUUACAAUGACAGCAACCGAAGCACAGCUUUUUCUAAGUUGAUACCUUACUGGGCUAAGCAUGGACGAACGUGCCCCAAAUUUCAGAUAUGGCAUUCUCGAUUUGUAAGAAAUUCUUGAAAAUGUUUAAUUUUGGUUGGCAUUUUCGGAGAUUGAACCUGAAUCGGAUGUCCUUCCUUUUGAAGUACUUUUCUUAUUUCUAAAGUGACGUCAGACCAUGUCAAUAAACAGUGAAAGAGUGUUUUAAUGUAUUCAUUACCGAUGGAGGUGGAAUUAAUUUGUUCAACUACACAUACAUGAAGUUACAAAACUACCAUGUCCAUGAACAUCGACUCAACAUAUGUGCGGUGUGCUGACAAAAUGAGUUACUUCUCGGAUUUUAGCAUUAUGGAAAUUGAUGCAUCAACUUGAUAGCUGAAGUUUGUGCAAUUUGUGAGCAUGGAAUAGUAAAAGACACGGUAGACUUGAACAAAAUGGCAUCAAUUGAAAAUCUAUAAAU